AUGUCUAAGCUCUUUAUUGGAGGCCUUGCCUGGCACACCGAGGAGGCUACCCUCCGCCAGAAGUUUGAGGAGUUCGGUCCUGUUGAGGAAGCUGUCGUCGUGAAGGAUCGGGAUACCGGGCGCAGCCGUGGCUUUGGCUUCGUGCGCUACACCCAAGAGGCUGAUGCCGAGCAAGCCAUCAGCGCCAUGAACAACGUCGACUUCGAUGGACGUGCUAUUCGAGUCGACAAGGCUUCCGACAACGGUCCCCGCGGCGGCCGUGGCGGCUUCGGAGGAGGCUUCGGUGGCCGUGGCGGCGGCGGCUUCAACGGCGGACCCAUGCAGUAUGGCGGACCUCCCCAGGGCGGAUAUCCCAUGAACGGCGGUGGCCCCAACAUGUACCAGCAGCAGCCCAUGCAGUACGGUCGCGGUGGCUAUCCCCAGCCUGGUUACGGCGCCGCUCCCCCUCCCCAAGGCUAUGCGCCCCCUCAGUACGGCUAUGAUCCCUCGCAGCAGCAGCAGAUGCCUCACCAGGGCGGCCCCCCAGCCCCUCCCCAGUCCGGGCGUGGUUUCUAA